AUGAGCUUACCCUUAUUCUCGAAGAGACUGUCAAAGGAGUUUCGUGAACUUUCUAUGAGUCCUCCCGCCGGCAUUGAAGUAUUAGAGGCGGAUACUUUCAAAAGCUGGAAGUUGUCACUUGAAGGUGUAGAGGGGACUUUAUACGCAGGCGAACGUUUCACUUUGGAGUUUCGAUUCUCCCCUAAUUAUCCCAUGGAAUCGCCAGAGGUUGUUUUCAUAGAUAAUGUUCCGAUACAUCCUCAUGACAGCAAUGGACAUAUUUGUCUGAAUGUAUUAUAUGAUCAAUGGAGUCCCGUAUUAAGUGUUAGGUCUGUUUGUUUAUCCCUACAAUCAAUGUUGUCGAGCUGCACUAAGAAGGAACGGCCGCCAGAUGAUGGUCGAUACACAAAACAUGCGAGAAUAUCGCCCAAGCAUACUCAAUGGGCUUUUCAUGAUGACUCAGUCUGA